AUGGCUUCAGUGGAGGUUGAAACUGUAAGUUAGUUAAUAUCUUUCUGAUUUAUGUGUUUAGGAGUUGGCUCCGUAUAGAGCAGCGGUGAAGGAGAUUGGGGACAAAGUUAGACAGUUGAAAUUGGAUAAAGCAGAUGAGAACGACAUCAAAAGAGUUGUGAACGAGCUGAAGGCGAGGAAGAAGGUGUUGGAGGACAAGGUAUGGCUUUCUUUUCGUAAUUUAUUUGACUAAUUUUUUAGUUUUUAGUUAAAUUCGUUUGCUUUAUGUCUUUUUUGUAAACAUUUAAUUGGUUUUCUUAUUUUUAGGAGUUGGAAUUGGCUCCAAAAGCACCAUCUUUUGAUCGUGUGAAGCUUGAAGAUCUUCUUAAGCGAAGGUUCUUCUACGAUCAGUCAUUCGCCAUUUAUGGCGGUAUUUCGGGACUGUAUGAUUAUGGUCCGAUGGGAUGUGCUCUUAAGAGUAAUAUGAUUCAGAUCUGGAGGCGACACUUUAUCCUGGAAGAAAGUAUGUUGGAGGUAGAAUGUUCAGCUCUGACUCCAGAAAACGUUUUGAAGUAUGUUUUCUAACUAUAAAGGCGUUUUCAUCAGAUUUUCAUAAAUAAUAUGGUUAAUUUGCAUUCACCCUCUAUCUUAUGGUUUAAAAUAUAAUUUAGGGCUUCUGGGCAUGUUGAACGUUUUGUGGACUGGAUGGUGAAAGACGAGAAGACUGGAGAUUGCUUCCGAGCUGAUCACUUGAUUAAGAACUCUGUGGAAGAGAUCUUAAGCAAGGACAAGAAGCUGAGCAAGGAGAAGCGAGAUGAGUUGGAAGAUGUACUUGUUAAGCUUGAUGGCUUCACAAGUGAGGAAAUGCACGACACAAUCAAGAAGUACGGAUUCAAGUCACCGAUUACUAAGAACAAUCUAACUGAGCCUGUGGCGUUUAACUUGAUGUUCCCGACCCAGAUUGGUCCAACUGGAGACUUUAAGGCUUUCUUGAGACCAGAGACAGCUCAAGGAAUCUUCAUCAACUUCAAGCGGUUGUUGGAAUUUAAUCAAGUAGGUAUACGUUAAAAAACCGAUUUUUUGUAAUGUUAUUAGUAAAGAUUGUGCUUAUCUAUGUUCGUUAUUUUUAAAUUUAUGUGAUAUUGUGUUAGUAAUGUUCUAAACAUUAUUACUCUAGGGUCGCCUUCCAUUUGCUGCAGCUCAAGUUGGUAGUGGCUUCAGAAACGAGAUCUCUCCUCGUCAGGGAUUGAUCAGAGUUCGAGAGUUCACUAUGUGUGAGAUAGAACACUUCUUGGAUCCAGCUGAUAAGGAUCAUCCUAGAUUCUCUUCUGUCGCUGAUUUGGAGUUGAACUUGUUCUCAGCUUGCGAUCAGAUGGACGGAAAGGGAGCCAAGAAGAUGAAGAUUGGCGACGCGGUUAAGAACAAGGUUGUUGAUAAUGAGACAUUGGGUUACUACAUGACCCGUACUUACUUGUUUUUGGUCAAUGUUGGUGUAGAUCCAAACAGAUUAAGGUUCAGACAGCAUAUGGCAAACGAAAUGGCACAUUAUGCUAAAGUAAGUUUUUAAUUUUUUUAUCGUGAGACCAGGGACGUCGCUACGGUUUUUCUCUGGGGGGGGGGAGGUCGAAAAAUUUUUUUUGGUCCACAGGGAGAGAGCUACCUGUGGACCGAUUUUUCAAAAAUUUUUUUUUUCGUUUUUCCGCGUACAGGUACCUGCCUCUGGAUUUUUUUUCGGAUCGGUUCUGGGGGGGGGGAGUCACCCCGAACCGAACCAAAAUUUAAUCAAUAUUAUUGUAGGAUUGUUGGGACGCCGAAUGUUUGACAUCUUAUGGAUGGAUUGAAUGUGUUGGAAAUGCCGACCGUUCAUGUUACGAUCUUCAAGCUCAUGCCAAGGCUACUAACCAGCGUCUGACUGCUGAGAAAAAGUUGGCCGAACCUGUUCAGAUUACUGUAACGAAGGCUCAUCUGAACAAACAAGCGAUUGGAAAGAAGUUCAGAGGUGAUGCUAAGGCUGUUACACAAGAGAUUGAGAGUUUGGACGAAUCCGAGCUUCAGAAGGUUGGAGAAAAACUUAAAGCUGAUGGGUAAGGUCUUUUAAUGAUUUAAUAAAGUAAUCGUUGUAUAUUUGACUAUAUUUUUGUGUGUUAAUUUCUACUUUUAGGAAGUACGAUGUCACGGUGGAAGUAAAAGGAGAAAAGAAGACCUUCACCCUCACUUCAGACGAACUUACUGUAAAACAAGUUGAAGAAGUGAAGCACGUUCAGGAAAUCGUUCCAUCAGUUGUAGAACCGUCUUUCGGUAUUGGUCGUAUUAUGUACGUCGUUUUGGAACAUGCCUUCAGGGCAAGAGAAGGAGAUGAACAGCGCAACUACCUCGAACUGCCUGCGAUCGUAGCCCCAAUCAAGUGUUCCUUGCUACCAAUCAGUGCAAACGAGAAGCUAAACCCGCUGAUUGAGGAAGUCAGAAGAGAGUUAGGAAGAUACGAACUCAGCCACAAGGUAGAUGACAGUGCAGGAUCGAUUGGCAGAAGGUAUGCUCGUACUGAUGAGAUUGGAAUACCUUUCGGUAUUACUGUGGACUUUGAAAGCGAGAAACAGCCUCAUACUGCAACUCUACGUCACGCCCCAACAAUGCAACAGAUCCGGUUAGAAGUAAGUUGACAUUUGUGUGGUUUUAUAUGAUUUAUAUUGUUGAAUAUUCUUGUUGUAAGAGUAAUGUUGUGAUUGUUAUACUGUAAAAUUGCUUUUAGAUUUCUCAAAUUGGCCAAGUCGUGUCCGAUCUGGUCAACAAUCGUCGCGAUUGGGCCCAAGUAUCAAAGGAAUUUCCUGCGUUCACCGCUGCUGAAAACUAA